GGUGGCGAUAUGCACUGAAUCGAGAAAUAAGGUUCAAUUUUCCGGAAGCGAUCAUAAAAGUGUGCGUGUGACUGUGCAAAGUCUGACCAAUUGAAGAAGAAGAAGGACCGGAGGAUUUCCACUCUAAAGUUAGCCACCCACAUCAACCCAAUCAACCUUGGGAGCCCGCCCAAAUGCCGUUCUUUACGAUCCCCAUCAGUCGUCUGCUGCCGUUGGUGCUGGUUCUACUGAUGGGACCGGAUCUUUCCCCAGUUCACGGCCUACGGUGCUAUUCCUGCAGUGUCACCGCCAACUCGGGCGACAAAAAGUGCAUCAGCGAUCCAUCCAGCGUCGAAGGGCAGAGCGUUGUCAAUUGCAACCGGAAGUACUGUACCAUCCAGCGGCAGGAAUUGAUUGAUCCCCCCGACAAAAUCAACACAUUUCUGCGUGGCUGCGAAGAGGAUCCACUGUUCCUCGAUGACGUCCUCGAUGAUCCCACGUUUCGAACGUACUUCCGAUCGUGCUCUUCGGAUUUGUGCAAUUCUGGUGACGGGUUGGACAGUGCCAGUGGACAUUCUGGCCUCGACGCAGGAGCUUCGGACAAUUUACUUGUUCCCGGUCUGAUCGGCUCAGCUCCCAGCAUAGGAGGAAGCUUGUUGAGGGUAUCACUGUUCCUGCCAAUAUUAGCGGCUCUUUGGGGAAAUAUUAUAAGCUAAUCCUAAGCAAAAUCUAGAUCACUUAGUUUCUAUAUUCAAACGAGAUUCGCCAGAUAUUAAAAUUCUAAGCUGAACUAAUCUGUACGCAGCAAA